GGAGGCUAAUUGAAUAAUCGUGCUCUGUGUUCCGACUUAGUGUUGAGUUUCUUUGCGUUAGAAGUGUGAAAUGGUUAGAAAGAUCAUAGUUGUCGGCAUUCAGCAUUACGAGGAUCCCUUUUAUAAACAUGUGACGGGUUCUAACGGGCCGCCUGCAGGAUGCGGCCACCAAAGAAACAGAUCCCUGGACUCUGUACUACAAAGGAUACCAGAAGACAUGACACCUACGUCGCCAGAGGGGGCGCCACUUCGAAUUCCUAUCGAAGUGCCCGCUCCAAGAUUAGCGCUUCCACCAGAGGUGCCCACGGGCUCUGAUGACUCCGGUAUCCACACGCCCCCAGAUGGCAAUGACGAAGAACGACCACAACCCCCAGCCGCUGCAAGGUCAAGAGAAAGCCUAGACUCUGGUAAUCCCGAAGACACAGAUAAACCUCCUGAACCUCCUGAUGUUUUAGAAACAACAGUAAAAUCAGAUAUUUGUGCCGCCGAAACAUCUAAAAAUAAAGACUUUCUGCUCCGAUUGUUCGAAAGUAAACUGUUCGAUAUGAGUAUGGCGAUCUCAUACCUGUUCAACUCUAAGGAACCGGGUGUGCAGAGUUAUCUGGCGAACAAAUUAUUUUCAUUCCCAUACGAAGACGUGGAUUUCUACCUUCCACAAUUAGCGACUAUGUACAUAGAAAUGGGCGAUGUGGCGGACGUGUUGAAACCGUAUUUGGUGUUCAGGUGUAAACAAAGUGCUGAAUUUUCACUAAGACUCGCGUGGUUAUUGACUGCUUUCGGAGGUGACGCUAAGAGAUCAAGAGCAACGAAACUUAGAGAUUCAAUAUUGGCUGAGGAGAUCAGGCCAGCGGCGAGAAGAGGGCAUCACAGGUCGCAGUCAGAUGCUUCUGCACUGAGGCUUGCCACUCCCUCGGGAAGGCACCUUGGAGACCUGGCGUCUGGUCGAGCAUUCGACAAUGGAUGCCUCUGUGGUGAACAGUGUUCGUGUGGAGCACCAAGACUGGCGCCUCAAAUACAGUUUCUGACGUCACUGACGAACAUUGGCCGUCGUCUCGCCGGGGUCGCGGAUAAGGAGCGUCGUAAUGGCCGUCUCAGGGCCGAACUAGCGACGCUAGACCUCAACCUCCCUGCUCGGGUGUGGUUACCUUUACACCAGAGGCCUCAUUAUGUGCUCAGGAUACCACCGCAUGCUGCUGCCGUCUUAAACAGCAAGGAUAAGGCCCCAUACAUAAUGUACGUGGAAGUGUUAGAAACUGACGGUCAUGAGCCUCUGCCGCCUCGCCUCCUACCACCAGCGCCUCCGGCACCGCACUCACCACCCAUCAGACAUACGAAGAGUGAAGAGAACCUCGUACCAGAAUGGCCAGCACUGUCCUUAUAUUCUGGGUUAGACGAUGGGGAUGCGGGCGACUGUUGGAGUCAUGAUGAUGAGGAGCUCAGUACUCAUUACUCCCAUAGAGCACCGGCACCAGAUAGCUUGUCACAGGUGUCAGCAGUAUCAGCUCUGUCGACGUCAUCGUGUGGGUCGCGCGAGUCGGUGGCGGUCGGAGCUGGAGAAGUGAGACGGCGACUGGCCGACGCUACCGCCGCGCCGCCGCCCAACGCAUUCCGACAUGAUCCCGCUGAUCCCUCGGCUACGGCGCUCAAGGAAUCCUGGGAAAGCAAAUACGCUCGGAUGCGUUCAUCAUCCCCAUACGGGGCGCUCAGUGGUUGGCGUCUACUCGGCUGUAUCGUCAAAGUUGGCGACGACCUGCGCCAGGAAAUGUUGGCGGCGCAAUUGCUCCGAAGGUUACAAGCUGCCUGGGUCGCCGAGCGAGUUCCCCUGAAGCUCAGGCCAUAUGAAAUACUCUGUCUUGAUAAGGAGUGCGGUCUUAUACAACCGGUCCUGAACUCAGUGUCGCUGCACCAAAUAAAGAAGCAGUCAGGCAAGUCUCUCCGUGCCUGGUUGGAACUGGAACAUGGUCCACCAAACAGUGAGGGCUUCCUGCGCGCACAGAAUAACUUCGUGGAGUCCGCGGCCGCGUAUGCUCUCACCAGCUACCUUCUGCAGCUUAAGGAUAGGCAUAAUGGAAACAUCCUACUGGAUAGCGCGGGCCACAUAAUCCACAUAGACUUUGGAUUCAUAUUCUCAAUAUCACCCAAAAAUCUUGGAUUCGAGAGCUCGCCAUUUAAGUUGACACAGGAGUUUGUGGACGUGAUGGACGGCGAGAAUUCGGAUAUGUUCCAGUAUUUCAAGAUUCUUAUUUUGCGCGGUUUAAUCGCUGCGCGUAAACAUUGCGACCAGAUAAUACAUGUUGUCGAACUCAUGCGCAUGGGUGGUCAGUUGUCGUGCCUCCGCAGCAGUAGCGCGGUGUCGUCGUUCCGCGCGCGCUUCCACGUGGGGCGCACGGAGCCCGCGCUGGCCGCGCUCGUCGAGCGACUCGUGCGGGACGCGCUGCACUCGCUCUCCACGCGCCUCUACGACAACUACCAGUACUACACCAACGGCAUACUCUAGCCAACUACUCACACUACUCCAGCCUUGUCUGCAGCCACCGUACCGUAAGUCGGGCUGAAUAGAUACUAGGAAAAUUCGCCAAUAUCUAUUCACCCCGUUUUACCGUACAUUAAUACUAUAAACACUAAAAUAGAAAUUUAAAACAACAGCCCUGCACUGCUAUACAAUUUCUAACCGAUAGUGAAUUUCUCCGAUGAAAUUAUGACAGAAAAUUUUUUGUAUAGCCUGUCAAUUUAUGUGUAUGCUGCAAAAAAGCUUGAUUCAGUAUAGAGACUAGCAAUUGUUAUACUAAAUUGGCAUGCUCUGAAAGCUGUUGUAAGCAUUGAUCAGCUUAAUGUCCCAAUUGUUACUCUCUGUUCUGAAUCUGUAUUUUGUCAACUUCAUAGAUACAAAAUAGUUUGACCAUAAGGCAUUGACAUUCACAUAUGUAUCUAAAAUUUAUAGUAUGUCAAUGUUAGUUACUAUACAUUGAUUUUUUCUGUUCUAUUUCAUAAGUGUUUAUGGUGUUAAUCUAAUGUGGCUGUAUCGUCUCACCUUUCUACCCUUUAUCGACUUAUACAUCCAAGCUUGUAAUGGCAAAACGAUGCGAUUGUUAUCUUAGAUCUCCUUCGACAGAAUUA